CCUCAACACACACAUUUAGAGAGAUAAGAGAGAGGGAGAAGAUGAAGGUGGAGCGUCUGAUACUGGUGGUUACUUUCUUCUACUUUGCGUAUACGCAGCUGGUCAACGGGCAACCUCGCAACGAUUGCAAAACUAGUUGUGGGAACGUCACAGUUGAGUACCCUUUUGGCAUUUCUCAUGAUUGUUACUAUGCAGACGAUCCUAGUUUCAACCUCACAUGUAACGAGACGGAACAGAAGCUAUUCUUUCGACGUAACCUUGAAGUCAUCAACAUAUCUCACAGCGGGGAACUACGCGGCUGGAAUAAUAUUUCCUACGCUUGCUACGAUAGCCAGGGAAAUCCGAAUGGUAGUUGUUACUACGAAUACACGCUUGGUAGUUUAUCUCUCUCCCACAAAAACAAGUUUAACGUAGUAGGCUGUAACGCUAUAGCACUUCUGAGCACUUUCGGACCGCAAAAUUACUCAACUGGAUGUUUGUCAACGUGUAACUCUCCACCUGUGGCAAAUGGAGACUGUAAUGGCGCAGGUUGCUGCAGAACAGAUGUCUCUGACCCGUAUGAUAGCUAUAAAUUCGAAACUCGCCCAUCUCGUCUGCAGAACAUGACUUCUGUGUAUGACUUUAAUCCUUGCACGUAUGCCUUUCUCGCCGAAAAUGGUACUUUUAACUUUAAUGCUUUGGAAGAUCUUAAGAACCUACGGCAUGUCAGCAAGUUCCCUCUGGUACUGGAUUGGUCUAUUGGACACCAGACAUGCGAGCAAGCUGGAAACACAAGCAUAUGCGGUAUGGAGAACAGCACAUGUUUCAACUCCGCUCGUGAAACAGGGUACAACUGCAAAUGUCUAGAAGGCUUUGAGGGGAAUCCUUACCUUUCAAAUGAACACGGUUGCCAAGACAUCGAUGAGUGUACUAGUACUAUCCAUAAGCAUAACUGUUCGGAUCCCAGAACCUGUAGAAACAAGGUUGGAGGCUUCGACUGUAAGUGCCGAUCUGGUUACCUCUUAGAUACCACAAAUAUGAGUUGCAAGCUUAGAGACUUUGAAUGGGCUACCAUUCUUCUUGGAACUACCAUCGGCUUCUUGUCCAUCCUGCUUGUUGUUAGCUUCGUACAACAUAGAAUGAAGCACCGGAAGAUAGCUGAACUCCGACAAAAGUUCUUCGAGCAAAACGGUGGCGGCAUGUUAAUACAGAGACUCUCAGGACCAGGGACAUCAAAUGCUAAUGUAAAAAUCUUCACUGAAAAAGGCAUGAAGACAUCAACCAAUGGCUACGACAAGAGCAGAAUCCUUGGCCAGGGAGGACAAGGAACUGUCUACAAAGGCAUACUCCCAGACAACUCCAUAGUUGCUAUAAAGAAAGCUCGGCUUGGAGACAACAGCCAAGUAGAGCAGUUCAUCAACGAAGUGCUAGUGCUUUCACAGAUCAACCAUCGGAACGUUGUCAAACUCUUGGGCUGCUGUCUAGAGACCGAAGUUCCCUUGCUGGUUUACGAGUUCAUUAACAGUGGCACCCUUUUUGAUCACUUGCACGGUUCCCUGUUUGGUCCUUCUCUUACAUGGGAACAUCGCCUGAGGAUAGCAGUGGAGAUAGCUGGAACUCUUGCAUAUCUUCAUUCCUCUGCUUCUAUCCCAAUCAUCCACCGAGACGUGAAGACUGCUAACAUUCUCCUGGACGAGAACUUAACUGCCAAGGUAGCUGACUUUGGUGCUUCAAGGCUUAUACCAAUGGAUAAAGAGCAGCUCACAACCAUGGUGCAAGGCACUCUAGGCUACUUAGACCCUGAAUACUACAACACAGGGCUGCUAAACGAAAAGAGUGAUGUUUAUAGCUUUGGUGUCGUCCUCAUGGAACUUCUCUCGGGCCAAAAGGCAUUGUGCUUCGAAAGGCCGCUGCAGUCAAAACAUCUGGUGCAUUACAUUGCUUCUGCCAUGAAAGAGAACAGGUUGCACGAGGUUAUAGAUGAGAAAGUAAUCAACGGGAAUAACUGGAAGGAGAUCGAGGAAGCUGUCAGAGUUGCUAUGGAGUGUACAAGAGUGACGGGAGAAGAAAGGCCAUUGAUGACAGAAGUAGCUGCAAAGCUUGAGGGCUUGAGAGUCACAAAAACCAAACAUCAGUGGUCAGAUCAGUAUCCUGGGGAGGUGACUGAGAAUUUGGUCGGUGUUGAAAUCUUAUCAGCGCAAGGGGAUACAAGUAGCACUGGCUAUGACAGCAUCAAGAAUGUAGCAAGCAUGCACAUGGAAGCUGGUCGCUGAUGUGUAUUAUUAGUCAAGGCUCUGUCACAAUCAGUAUCACGUCUAAGUCUUUUUUUGUGAAAAAAAAUAAUAUCAUUUCUGUAUUUCUUUUGACUUCUUUUGUCCACCUAAACAGUUAAAAACCAAAGUAUCAAGACAAUGAAAAACAUUUAUGCAUUGAGAUAUUUCUUAGAUUCC